UUUAUAAAAGUUGAGAAAAUCCAUAGCUAGUCUUGCAUGCUACUUCCCAACCAUACCAAAGAAAUCCAGUCGAUUCAUUGAUUGAUUGCUGGUGACUGUUAUCCAAUCGUCCUUCUUCCCCAUAACCACGUUUUUCCUCUUUUUCAACUAUUUAUUGCCCCCUUUUGAAGAUAUUAUGGAUGCUAUAGAUGUUUUGCUGCCCUGUGAAUUCUCCCAAGUCUGGUCUACAGCUGCUGAUGAACUUGCAGAGCUUCCAUUUUAUGAUGCUGAUAUUAAAGAACUAUUUGACGUUCACAAUAGAGUAAAUGUGCGGAGAACAUAUAAAUCCCGACGUUCCAAACAGAAAAAUAAAGUGACUUGUGAAAUGGGAGAGAAAAAUUCUACAGUGGGGGAGAGGAGGAGGAAGCCACCAAACUAUUUUGUUUCCAUACCAAUGACAAACCAGCAGAUUUUGGACAAAAUUGAGGAAAUCCAGGAACUACUGGUGACUAAAGAACCCAAACUGCUUCCAGCUAUGAUUCCUGUUGGAAGGAUGCAUCUGACUAUUGUUGUUGCUCACCUAAAUACUCCAGCAGAAGUAGAGAAAGCUGUGUCAGCACUGCAACAAUGUAAGAGCAAAGUAGAUGCCAUCCUGGAGGGAAAACCUCUAAUUCUGCAAUUCCAAGGAAUAGGACAAUUUAAAAACCAGGUCCUGUUUGCAAAACUAUCAGAAGAUACUAAUGAAAAAGUAAUAGCUACUCUGAAAGCAGUGGCUGAAUCUGUAGAGAUAUUGUUUCGAGAAUUAGGUGUGAAUAUUGAAGACAGCAAUGAGUUCAAACCCCAUGCAACCUUUCUGAAGCUUUCUAAAUCACCUGUUCUUCGCCGUAAGCUCAGUGGAUACAACGGCUGGAAUUUUUUCACUGGCCUGCCAUUCCCAAUGAUAGAACCAGAAUUGUGCAUCACUGCUGUCUUGCAUCAUCCCAUAUCCCAGGGUUUUAGAAAAAUCUGCCCAGAACUCUACAAGGAAUAUGAGGGGGCUGUCUUUGGCACAGAAGUGUUUCAACGCAUUGAUCUCUGCUCCAUGCACAAGGAAAAGCAACCCUCUGGUUAUUACCACUGUGAGAGCUCAAUAGAUGUAGCAGGACUGAGUGGUACACCACAUUCUCCUUCUGACUUCCCUUUAGAGAAUGUGGAUGUGGCCAGAACCCCUGCAUUCCCAGAAGGAUCAGCACAGCUGGUGGAACUGGAAAUGUCAGUGAAGUCUGAAGAUCAAGAAGAAGAAUGCACAGACUCUGCCCUCCAUGUGACAGAACAACCUGCCUCUGACACUACAGAUAUAGAAGAAGGUGUGCAAAGUCCUUCGAGGAGCCUAUUACCUCAUGUCACUGUCUCUCAAGUGGAUCAAUCGUUCACAACUAGCUUCACACAUGUGCAGAAAGAGGGAUUUGAUUCAACUCACAAUUUAAUAGAUUUGAAAGGGACACUGGAAUCCAGCCUAGAGGUCCCCCGGGUUAUGUUACAGAAUAGUCUGGAAAUCCUGCCAUCCACUAUUCGGGAAGAACCUGAAAAACUUUCAGCUGUUUCUGGGUUAUCUGUGACACAAACUGAAAUGCAAGAGCUCAAGUGCGUCGUGCAGUCUGGAAUGGGACAGAUGAACAGAUCUAUCCAAUGUGGGUUUGCAGAAUUGAACAGUAACAUAGUUGGACUCAGUCAGAAUAUUGCUGAUUUAGUCAAGAUUCUGACUCUGAUUCAUUCUUGUGAUGUUGUGGAUUCAUCCUGUCAAACUAUCUGAAUUUUCCAGGAAAAACACUGGGGGAAGAAUAUUCUGUCCAGCAUGAGUUUAAUUGCUUUUUAGCCACAGGCAAUAUUAUCAAUGGCAGACUUUUCUAUUGCUCCAAUUAACAGAGAGAAUAUGAUACAUAGCAUUUACAUUACUUGCCUGAAAAUCUCCCUUUAGGCAAAGGUAAUGUGUUACACAUUGAUAAAGUAUAAUGACUGUUAACUGUCUAAUGCAAUGUGAUUGCAGAGCCUGUAUUAUUGUAACAAGGAAAUAUUGUUACAACUAAUAAUUUUAUUUGACUUUUUAUGUUUGAAAACUCUACCCUAAUACAAUCAACAUCUUAUGAAGGACUGAAUGUGACGACAGUCACACAGAUGAGAGCAACAGUCAGACUUUCAGAUGACUGGAUUAUAACAUACCAAGUGUUAGUUGAAUAAAAUCUAUUAAAACUUUUAAUAGAACACUUUUUUCACUGCCUCAAUGUCCAUGAAAUGCUUUGCAACAGAAAGGAAUGGGUUGCAUAGACUGUAGCAGCACAAUAUUCAUACAAUUAGUCAUGUUUGCUGACAGCACCAUAAAAAUGCACAUUUAUAUCAAAACCAAUACUUGCCAUGCUUUUUGCAAAAUAUUGGAGUUGGUCUGGGUGAAGACUAAGGGGGCAAAAGCUUUUGCAAUUGCAAAUAUUAUUUAUCAUUGAAAAUAAAUGGUAUUUGUAUCUUCUAUAUAGCUGGAAUUCUGCAAUACUAUAAACCUGGACUGAUGUUUUUUUUAUUUUAAAAAAUGAACUGCAAACUGUUUACUGUUGUAUGAGCCACAGUCUAUAACAACCAGGAAGCUUGUUAGAGAAUUUGAAAUGAUUUUCAGUUAACAGGUUUUGAAGUGACUAUGAUGUAAAGAGUAUAUUUGCAUUUAAAUAAUGGGAGAAUUUUUCAAAGUAAAAUAUGAAAUUAAUUAACACCUGAUCAAAUAACUCCCAAACUUCACGGAACCCGAAUACUUCAGUUAAUGGAAACUGUUUGAGCAAAAAUUGAGAAGUAAAUAUAAUUGCUUUGUGUAAGUUGCAUUCCUAAAUGCAUCUUAAUUAUUGAUUACAUUUAUUUUACAAUUUGUUCUUGUAAAUGUUGCUGAAGAAUGCCAAUCAAUGACUCUUUCUUGUUCCAGUAUUCUUCUAAAGAUGAAGAAUCAGUUGUACACUGUUGAAGGAAUCUCUGCUUGAGAUAAUUGUUUUGUUUGAAAAAUAAACCAGAUUCAUGCUUGCCUUUUAUAAACUCUGUUCUGUCUUGGAACUUAUUUUGAAAACUAUUUCCAAAAGGUUUUGUAGUUAUCUGCUUUUCUUGUCACGGCACAAAGUGACUCCCAUAGUUUAUUCCCUUUUGGAAAGAUAUGAUUC